UUUAGAAUCCAUUAGAAUGCGCAAGGACGAGGAUGGCCGCGCCGCGAUGCCGCCCGACGCAGCGAUCGCCAAGCGCGUCAGGGAGAUUCUCGCCAGCGCCAAUCUCAGCGAGGUUUCUUCCAAAGACAUUCGCAAGCAAAUGGAGGAGGAGAUGGGCGUGAGCUUGAGGUCGAAGAAGGCGUUUCUUCGCGAGCAGAUUGAGAGUUUCAUGGCCGAGGCGGAGGAUUCCGGCGAAGGCGAAGCGGAGGAGGCUGCCGAUGCCGAAGCCAGUGGCGAUGGAGAUGGAGAUUCCAGGCUCCGGGACAAGCUCCACUCCGCAAUUCGAGAGAGUGCUCCAUCCAAGAAAACAAAGAAGAAAGGACUGACUGGACUCCAAAAGCCUUGCCAAUUGUCAGAUGUGCUGGAAGCUAUCGUCGGCAUUCCACAAGCUCCAAGGUCACAGGUUGUGAAAUCUCUCUGGGCUUACAUCCGCGAGCACAAUCUCCAGGUGCCCGAGGACAAGAGGAAGAUCAAAUGCGAUGAAGCGCUCAAAAAGGUUUUUAAUUCCGACUACAUUGACAUGUUCUCCAUGAACCAGAAGCUCACCAAGCAUGUCAUCCCUCUCGACGAGCUGGUGUACGAAGCUGGAGCCGCGAAGAGGAAGAUCAAAGACGAAGAAGAAGAUGAAGAUGGUAAAGAAGGAUUAGCCGAGAGGGCUGUAGAUCGGGAAACCAGAGCUGCUAACAGACUUGCUCGGAAGCGAAAGGCAGAAGAGCGAGCUGAGAAAAAGGAAGAGGCCAAAAAAGCCAGGAAAGCUGCUGGCAAGAGCCCCAAAGUGUCUGGAUUCACAGUUCCCAUGAAGAUCUCUCCAAAGCUUAGAGAAUUCUUGGGAACGGAGGAGAGCCAACUCUCGAGGCCGGAAGUGACGAAGCAGCUGUGGGAUUACAUCAAAAGCAAUCAGCUCCAAGAUCCUUCGGACAGGAGGAAGAUCUUGUGCGAUGAAAAGCUCGAGAAGCUGCUGGAUUGCAAGUCGUUCAAUGGUUUCGGUGGUCUUCCCAAGUUGCUGCAAGCUCAUCUGACAAGCACUCGUAAGUAACAACAAUGGAAAGAGGAGGCGAUUUUGAUAGCUGCUACAAACUCUUCGGUAAAUUAUUCUCUGUACAUACAGAUUUCUCAGUGGUGAUCCGAGAAAGCGUCAGGAAACUGGCUCUGGAUCCGAUUUUUUAUGAUCCUAACAGCAAAGUUUUCUUUGAAAAGAGUGAAAAAUUUGUGCUUA